GUGUAGGCCGCACCCCCGUGAUUUUUUCAGCACGCGCAAUUUCCGCCAUUAUUUGAAAAUUUUGCACCAGUGAAGAAGACAGAGCAGGUCCCACGUUAGUUCCCGGGGAUUUUAGAUUGUCACUCGUCUUUGUCUCAAGCUAUGGAAUUUCAAGUAGGCACAGAACCAAUGACGCUUGGCUCACCCACUUCCCCCAAGCCCGGAACAGGCGCCCAGUUUUUACCCGGGUUUCUGAUGGGAGACCUGCCAGCACCUGUCACACCCCAGCCUCGCACUUUUGGGGUCAGCGGUGUUGGAACCGAGACGAGAUCGCCUCUUAUGGCAGGAGGCUCUCCACCUCAGCCUGUGGUCCCUACUCCCAAAGACAAGAGUGGGGCACCUCCAGUCAGAAGUAUAUAUGACGACCUAGCCAGCCCAGGGGUUGGCAUGUCCCCUCUCAGUGCACGGAGACAACCAUUUUCUGUCUUGCAGUCUCCUUUGCCAAGUUUUCCAGGAACCCCAGGAACAGUCUCUAGUGUGUUUAGUCCCGCCAGUUUAAGCCAACAGAGGAAGUCCGUACUUUCUCCAGCACAGAUUGACCCCUUUUUCACUCAAGGUGAUGCACUUUCGUCUGAGGACCAGCUUGAUGACACAUGGGUCACUGUAUUUGGGUUUCCUCCUGCUUCUGCCUCCUACAUUCUUUUACAGUUUGCUCAGUAUGGGAACGUUCUGAAACAUGUGAUGUCCAACACCGGCAACUGGAUGCACAUUCAGUAUCAGUCCAAACUCCAAGCAAGGAAAGCACUCAGUAAAGAUGGAAGGAUUUUUGGCGAGGCCAUUAUGAUUGGUGUAAAGCCUUGUAUUGAUAAGAAUGUGAUGGAAGGUUCUGCUGAGCGGGGCAGCUCCUCGGCCUCUGUGUUUAGCACCCCGGCGAAGGCCAACGGCACCCCCAGCCAUCCCGUCUCCACCCCCCGCUCCGCUAUGAGGCCCCUCAGCGCUGCCUACAAGGCCUCCAGCAGCGAUUACCAGGUUGUUGCGGACCGACAGACCCCAAGAAAAGACGAUACUUUUGUGUCCAAAGCCAUGGAGUACAUGUUCGGCUGGUGAGCGUCUGCCUUUCUGUGUAACGUUAGGACUUGACCACCGCCGCCACUACUACUAGCUACUAGCCUUCAGUGGCCCAACUAAGGGCUUGGGACUGGGCACCUGGACAAUGAGAACACAAUACGUGGGGUGAAAGCAAAAGCACUUUAUCAGGUGAAUGACUUUAAACAAGUCUCUAGGUAUUUUUGGGUUCAGAAUGCUCUUGGAGGAAACACCGUCUACGGGGGGUUGGAGUGCUACAAAGCUCUCGAUUAUGUCUUGAUAACCGUCACAAACACAAAAAGAGACUGCUGUGAUGUCUUUAAAAAGAUCUGUUGGCUUGAAGUUUGCAACACUGCAGGGCUGUCCUAAGUCUAUUAGUUAAUUAUGCACUGGCAGUUCUCUGCGAAUGAUUCAUUUCAGAUUCUUGAAUAUGUAAGAGCCUACAUUUCUUUGGCCUGAAGUAGUGCUUAACAUUCAGUCUUUUCUAGCAAAUAAUCAGGGUGCUAUGUUUUAACAGCGCACUAACUCGGUGAUGAAAUAUUCCUACAUGGCCAUAGAUGAGGUUGAAAUGUCAGUCUGCUGUGAUUGACGUUUUAAGUGGCUGUAAUGGUAUUGGUUUUGAGUCCUUUGACCAGAGACAUUGGACAGCUUUCUGAAAGACUGUCCUUCUUGAGAUCCAAGCCUUACAUUGAAAACAAGUUUGAAAGGAGCUUUCAUUUAUUGUGUGGGGUUGUUUUAGGUUGUAGGGUUUGAUACAGACAUUUUUUAUACAAAUAUAGCAAAAGACAAAAUCAGUUUUUAAAAGGGUGUGUGCUGGCCAAAAAAAACUCCAACAAUAUUGUACAGAGAGAAAAUGUGAAUUCCUUCCCUUCACUGUUUGAGUGAUGUCUUGAUUGAAAGAAAGGCAGUUAUCAGUGUGUUCAUGACCCUUCACCCCAUUCAAAUACUGUGCUUUUUUUGUUGUGUGUUUUUUUUUUUUUUUUUUUUUUAAACUUACCCCUUUCUUGUCAUAACAAUAAAUAAA